CGCCUCAGCAGGGGAUGCUUGCUUGUCGACGCGCCAGGAACCAAUAGUCCUUGUAAUAUCGAGCAGAUUAGUCAACACUUUUUGUCGGGGGGCUGUUUUGUAUUUCGGAAAGGGCUGUCAUCCGGGACGGAUUCGGAUAUUAUUUAAUUUACGUUCUCCGCCUAAUGUGAGAUUUUGUUCCCCACUUGAAACAAGAACAAAAGCCAUGGGAGCAUUUGGAGUGAUAAUAGGGAUGUUACAUUAUAUGGGACUCUAUAUUCAACUUAAUGCUGCUUCUAAACCGGCUGUGUACGCCGAGGUGGACAAUCACAUAUCUGGAAAUGCUCUGUUCACUGAGGUUCCACAUGACAUCACAACCCAGAGUGGUCAGGACGUGGAGAUGGCCUGUUCAUUCCGGGGGGCGGGCCCUUCCUACUCCCUGGAGAUCCAAUGGUGGUACAUGAAGAACCACAAAGACUGGCCAGAAAAACCCGCCUGGACCACCAAUCAGGUGGUGACGAUGGAAGAGAUGUCUAAGGACGCCACCAAAAUCAGCGUCGUGAAAGUCGCCGGGAGCAACAUCUCCCACAAGCUCCGCCUCUCCAGCGUCAAGCGGUCAGACGAGGGCACGUACGAGUGCCGCGUCAUCGACUUCAGUGGAAGCGUGGCGCAGCACCACCGGGUCCGGGCGUACCUCCAGGUGGAGGCCGAGCAAAGCCCGGGCCGUGGGUCAGGGGACCCCCAGGCCCAGGAGCCCCGACAUGGGGGACAGGGAAGCCAGGCACACCCCCACCAAACAGAGGCCCGGGAACUGAAGAGGCGCUCCACUGACGAUAGCACCACGGACUGCUCAGAGAGCUGUGUGCUCUAGAGUCCUUAGUCUGCUGACAUGGGUCCAGACAGGAAAAAAAGGAGUGCAUGUUCCCGGUUAUCUUUGAUUGGCCGAUCAUCCGAUUGUUUUAACACAUGAAGAGAAAAAAACUGGACUCUUCGCGCUUCAUUUCUUAUUCUGUUUUUUUGGUUGUUGGUUUGUCUGAUGUUUGUUUCUGCUUGUUUGGAGUCUAAUUGUUUGAGACUGGUGUGUUCUGUUGGUUUUCAAUGUGGUUGUUUCUCAUUGCUUUUGCUUUUUCCACACUUACUGACUCUGGGGCUGAAAUGGUUGAACUAAAGCGUUGUUGCGUGGAGACAAUGAAGGUUAGGCUUGCGUCUCCUUUUUUUGAUAUGCACUGUUAAGAUAUUAAUGGAAUGGGACAAAGCAUAUACAGUAGUCGGAGCCCAUCCAAGUAUUUCCCUAUCUAUAGUUAUGACAUGAAAGAGACAUGGAAAGAAAAUUAUUCAGAAGUAUGUAGAGAGAGAUUUUUGUCUCAAUGACAAUUUAAAAUGCCUAGUUUCUCCAUUGUGUUUUGUGGUAAUGUUUGCCAACAAUGCUGCAGUAUUUACAAAUAAAUCAUACUUUUUAACUCAUCAAGCUCUUUUGAAAGAACUUGGAAAGGGGUUUGCACUUAGUUUUUGAUUUGAUGUUUUCUAAGAGAAAUCUGUAUGAAUAUAGUGUGACUUUCUAAACCAGAUCUAAAAUGUUCACCAUAAACCCAAACAUACAUGUAUGCCUUCACCACUUUGAAUAAACUGUAUGUUGUCUUCACACUAUAAACACAUACACACACACACAAUAAAAAAUGUAAUACUUGAUUCAACGUAAAAGACAACUAGCUGCAAUUGUGUGGUGUUUGCACAACAACGCGUGAAGUUUUUGUUGAGCAAACACUUAUUGAAGCUUACAUGGUUGCCUUGCAUUUGUACUUUGGAUCGAGUUUCUUUCUUUUUUUGACAGUUCAGAACAAAAUGUAUUUAGUGCUAAGUAACCAAAUGAAUCAUAUGACAUAUAUUGAGCUGGUUUCAUGGACCCAGAUUAAGCCUGUUCUAGAGUAAAAUCCCUGUUGAGAAUGACUUAUUCUCUGACUAGACUCAAUUGGUGUCAGAGAAACCUGCCCAGUUGUUAAUCCUUGCUUUUCUUGUCUUUGUAUUCCUAAGUGGCGUCGGGCUAUUUGGUGUAAUGAUCUCAUCGGUAGAGUAAAAAUAACAGAAAACUUGGGGUUUUAUUUACUGAUCAUAUUUCUCCUCAUGACUGUGUUUGUUUUGAAUCUAAGUGCUGCUGUUUGUAUAUCUAUUCUGUUAAAUACAGUCAUUUGAUGGGAA